UGGCGGCAUUUGUUUCCCAGGGGGAGGUCUUCGGGGCCGGGCGGGCGAGCGCGGGUUUUGUGAGUGGAGUCCUGCUUAUCUAGGACAUGCAGUUAACACAUCAGCUGGACCUGUUUCCUGAAUGUAGGGUGACCCUUCUGUUAUUUAAAGAAGUAAAAAAUGCUGGAGACUUGAGGAACAAAGCCAUGGAAGGCUCCAUAGAAGGCGCAUUGAUAAACCCUGCAGUGAUUGUCGAUCCAUUCCAGAUACUUGUGGCAGCGAACAAAGCCGUUCACCUCUACAAACUGGGAAAAAUGAAGACAAGGACGCUAUCUACAGAAGUUAUCUUCAACCUUUCCCCAAAUAACAAUAUUUCAGAAGCUUUGAAAAAAUUUGGCAUCUCAGGAAAUGAUACAUCAAUUCUCAUUGUUUACAUUGAGGAGGGAGAAAAACAAAUAAAUCAAGAACACCUAAUAUCACAAGUAGAUGGCCAGCAGAUUUCUCUGGAAGAUCUUCCUGAAAUAACGAAUAUUCCAGAAGUCAAAAAGAUAUAUAAACUAACCUCACAAGAAGAAAAUCUUGGGACAUUAUUGGAUGGUAUCAUUUGUAGAAUGUCAACAAAAGAUGUUUUAUGAAGUAUCAGAGAUAGUAACAGAAUUUUUCAAUGUAAAGGCAGUACUGAUUUUCCUUUCCGGAUUAUAAACUUAACAUAUAUUCAUUGUGUACAUUUUUAAAGCAGAGAAUGGUACAGAAUGAAAAUAAAGGCCACUCCUUAUUGUUUUGGAA